AUGGACGAUCCACGACUGAUUGAUAUGGAGCCCGGCGGAGAGAGCACUCAAUACGAGUCAAUCCGGGAAUUCAUGAUCACGCCUGCCAAGCAGACUGGACAAUUAGGGGGUGGCGAGCCGCACACCAAAAGUUUAACGACAGCCAUUGUGGAUCCGACUGACUCUCCCGCGUCUGGAGAAGAAGACAAACAAGCACAGAGACUAGGAAUGGGCAUCAUUCAGCCUGAUAAAGAAGAUUUGGAUUUCGACAGCGCAGAGGAUGCAGCAUCUGCGAAGGCCAGGAGGCAGCAGGGGUAUGGGCCCGGCUCCGGGGUCGGGGCUUAG